AUGGUACAAAAAGUCAAGGCCUUCGAAUUGAGAACCAAGACCAACGAUGAACUCAAGAAGCAAUUGGACAGCAUGAAACAAGAGUUGUUCCAAUUGAGAGUCCAAAAGGUUACUGGUGCUUCUGCUGCCAACCUCUUGAACAUCAAGGUCAUCAGAAAGAACAUUGCUAGAAUUAAGACUGUCCUCGUUCAAAAACAAAGAGAUGAAUUAAAGAAGGUCUAUGCUAACGCAAAGUUCAAGCCAAAGGACUUGAGAAGCAAACAAACCCGUGCUUUCAGAAGAACUUUGAAGACAUACCAAUUGAAGAAAAAGUUGUUGAAGACUCAAAAGAAGGAAGCCAACUUCCCAGUCAGACGUUUCGCUGUUACUUUGCAAUAA